UUGUGGUCGAACUAUAUGAGAAGUUUUGGUACGUCAAAAGUGCAAUUUUGUGAAACUCUGUUACCUUUUUAAUUUUUGUCUAAUUGAGAAGAACUUUCGAAGCGAAUUUGACCGUUUAAGUUUAUUGCGUAAUGUCCUUAUUUGGUUCGUUAAUGGGCGACAUGGAGAACGAUCCUUUCUUUGGUUCUCACAUGCGAACGAUGCGCCAUAUGAACAAUAUGAUGAAUUCAUUAUUCGGCGACCCUUUCGACCAUAUGGGUCUGAGGGAAUUUGGUGCCCCCGCGCUUACGUUCGGCGGUCGGGCGGCCUCACAAAAUUCCCUUCUUCCCUUCGGUGGCGGCUUUAUGGGGAUGCCUAACAUUAAUAGAUUAAUUAGCAAUUCGUUAGACUCGAUGGGAGAUCCUCACUGCUAUAGUUCUACGUCUAGUACAGUUGUCAGCAUGACUUCGGGUCCUGACGGUCGUCCACACGUUUACAAGGCAACUUCAAGCACUCGCACUGCGCCAGGUGGGGUACGCGAGACACAAAAUACAGUUACCGAUUCACGUUCGGGUACGAAGAAGAUGUCAAUCGGGCACCACAUCGGGGAGAGGGCUCACAUAAUCGAACGCGAACAAAAUGUCCAUUCGGGUGAUCGUGAGGAACGUCAAGAUUUUAUUAAUUUAGAAGAAGAGGAGGCCGAAGAUUUCAAUAGGGAAUGGGAAACACGCACUCAUCGCAGUCGUCCUGAAAUUCCACGCAUUACUAACGGUCCCAUGGUGCGUAAUAGACACGGCUAUCCGGUUCGCGAGCAUAGCGGAGUUCCUGCCAUUACCGCCGGCUCUAGCCGACGGUCUAGAGAUAGACAUGUUGUUGCAACUCCACUGGUUUCGAGCAGACGCGGUAUUAGGUCUAAUGCUCUUUCUUCGCCUAACGCAAGUUCAUACUCAUCAGUUCGACAUCCCUACAGCCCAACAGGACAAAUGAAGAGACACAAAAAUAUAAAGACCGUUUCUGGCUCAACACCGCCAGACAUGUAAAUUUUUUGACGUUCAAUCUCGAUCGAUCACGUCGAGCUUUUUAGUGGCAGGUAUUUAUUUAUUUUUUUCUCCCUUUCAUGUCUGUGGUCCCUUUGAGUUGGCUACAGGCUCUUUUCGUCAGCGGUGUCGUGUAAUUUGUGUUUCUAAUAGUACGAUAAUGUAUUACUGUUUGAAUAGUGGCGUGGAGAAGAAAUGUAUGUAAAUACACAUACUUACUCGUAUUCCAACUUGAAAAUUUGAAUAUAUUCUAAUGAUAAUUGUAGGUUAUUUUGAUGUUACUUUUAAGAUGUAGGUUUAAGCAAUGUAUAUUAUUAUCUUUUAGUGUAGAAUAUUCAAUCUAAUUAGUUAGUUUCUGUUUUGGUAUCUUUCAAUUGACUUUGUAAGUUAGAGUACGAUAUUAGCACAAGUAUUUUUUUUAGUAAUGAUUUUUUGACAUUUAAAUAAAGCAAUUGUAAA